UAUGCACGCAUCGUUCCCUUCUUUUUUUUUUUUUUUCCUCCCCUUUCUAUUGCAUAUUUCAGCCCUGCUUGGCUGCCUAAAUUUUAGGCGUCGCGCAGGGUUUGUGGUAUCUUCUUUUUUUCUUUCUUUCUCCCUACAGAUUUUUCUUCGCACUUGAUGGAUUCGGGAAGACUUCCCACCUACAGGUCCUCGUACUUGUUUAGGUUCCAUCCGUAUGCAAGGGUCAAGCCUUCUGCCCGCGAAAGAGUGACGGCCGUGUUGUACACCUCUGACGACGACAAUCUUUUAUCCGACGAACAAGGCUUUGUCCUGUCGUAUCAAACUGCCAUCCCAGACACUCCCUCUAGCAUCAUUGCUCGGAACCUGGACGAUGCUGUCAACGUCAUGCACUCCGUCGAUGAUCCCCGGCGGAAGCCGAGCAUGUCCACCAUAGUGGUUGACCUGGCGUUGUUGAUGUGUCGCAAGCCACCCUCUACCGCUUGAUCGUGAGUUUGAAGGGCCAGUAAUCCCAGCUGUAAUAGGGAAGAUGAAACAACUUCUAUCUCAUUUCGUACAUCCUUGUGACGUUCAUCCCAUACCUACGUUUCCCUUGU